GAGUGCUAGAGAGAGCUGAAAGCUUCUGAAUCGGGGAGGCGGAGUGGGGGAGGCCAGGCUGGGAAAAGAGGGAGGGGGCGCUGUGCUUAUGUGAAAGAGAGAGAGGGAGGCUUGCGCAAGGAAGGAGGGAGGGAUGCUCAGGGCUCCGCUUCCAGAUCGCUGAGGAGCUGGCCCAGGAGGAGCAGCCUCCAUGAGCUCCGAGAUCGGGGCCCCGGUGCCUCGCAGCCCGGCCUUGAUGAGCCAGCAGCCGGCUCCGCCGCCCUCCGCCCUGGAGUCGUCGAGCAGCAGCAACAACAACAACAACAGCAGCAGCAGCAGCAGUAGCAGCAGCAGCAACAGCAGCGCCUCGGUGUCCGCUCCGUCGAAAGCGAAGAAAGUCAGCUCGGGGCUGCGGCGCCCGGAGAAGCCGCCCUACUCGUACAUCGCGCUGAUCGUGAUGGCCAUCCAGAGCUCGCCCUCCAAGCGGCUGACACUGAGCGAGAUCUACCAGUUCCUGCAGGCGCGCUUCCCCUUCUUCCGCGGCGCCUACCAGGGCUGGAAGAACUCGGUGCGCCACAACCUCUCGCUCAACGAGUGCUUCAUCAAGCUGCCCAAAGGCCUGGGCCGGCCCGGGAAGGGCCACUACUGGACGAUCGACCCGGCCAGCGAGUUCAUGUUCGAGGAAGGCUCCUUCCGACGGCGCCCGCGUGGCUUCCGAAGGAAAUGUCAGGCGCUCAAGCCCACCAUGUACCACCGCAUGGUGAACGGCCUGGGCUUCCUCCCGCAGGGCUUCGACUUCCAGGCGCCCCCGGCCGCCCCCCUGGGCUGCCACCCCAACGGCUACACCCCCCUGGACGUGAUGCAGGCUGGCGCCUACGAGGCCCACCACCUCCCGCACAUGUCGCCCAACCCGGGCUCCACCUACAUGGCCAGCUGCCCCGUCCCCUCCAACGGCGCCGACUACGGGCCGGACAGCAGCAGCAGCCCGGUGCCCUCCUCGCCCGCCAUGGCCAGCGCCAUCGAGUGCCACUCGCCCUACGGCAGCCCCGCGGGACACUGGACCUCCUCGGCGGCCUCGCCCUAUCUCAAGCAGCAGGCCCUGCCGCCGCCGCCCACCCCCGCCGCCCCCACCAGCAUCCACUCUGGAGUGGCCUCCUACUCGCUGGAGCAAAGCUACCUGCACCAGAACGGCAGGGAAGACCUCUCAGUGGGGCUGCCUCGCUACCAGCACCACCCCUCCCCGGUGUGCGACAGGAAGGACUUCGUCCUCAACUUCAACGGCAUCUCUUCCUUCCACCCGUCGGCCAGCGGCUCCUACUACCACCACCACCACCACCACCAAAGCGUCUGCCAAGACAUCAAGCCCUGCGUGAUGUGAACAGUGACUUGUGUUGUUAGCCGCCUGAGAAGAUGAAGAAGGAAGCGGAGCGGCGGCGGCUGGGGGGGGGCGGGGGAGUGUGAGACCCUCGCUCCGAGUUCCGUCGCGCCCACGCAGCGAGCGGGGAGGGAAGACGCCCCUCAUGCCCACCUGCACUCGCAUAGCCUCCUGUAGUAAGUACGCCCGUCUCUUAAGCCAAGCCACGUCUGGAAGCCGCCGCGAGGCAGGGGACCCACGCUUUCCUUUUGAUCUCGUGCCACCCGGUCCUAGGCAUGUUUACUCGGAAGGAAGCCCCUCCGGUUUCACUGGGACGCCCCUAGAAAAAAAUGUGCCUAGCACUGCAGCCGGAGCCUCUGCGGGCUGACUCGGAAUCAGGUCCCACUGAAUUCACUGGGCCCGAACCCCGCAUUCAAGGCGCACAGGAUCGCAGCCCUGCUGUCCGAUUCCACUCCGACUCACUCGCAAGUUAAGUGCAACUGGCUUCAACGAGGCUUGGGCCCACAGGAGUGUGGACAGGGACUGAACCCUUAGCUGGGAAAGGAGAGCUCAAGACUUCAGUCCUACACACAGGCUUCCCAUUGAACUCAGUGGGACCUGCUUCCGAGUAAACAUGCUUAGGAGAGCGGUGCUGCAGAGCCCCAAAAUGUAAGGAGAGGGCUUCGUUGUGUUUGUGACGGGGGCGUUACUGCAAAGCCAGCAACAGUAUUACUUUAAUAUCCAGUGCUUUAAGGUAAACUCACAAUAAAGCAGAUGUGGUCCACCUCCCACUUUUCUUUAAGUAUUUUUUUUUAAAAAAAAUAAUAAUUAAUAAACAGCCACCUCGGUUGGAAUUUGCCAGCCUUCGAGUUCCACAAGUCUCCCCUUAAAAAGAAGUACUUGCUGUGUAGUUCAAAAACCUGCUGCACGAUCUGGAGAAAGUUAACUCCCUUUUCGUCCCAGUUAUUUCAGCGAGGGAGAUUUGAGCGUGUGCUUUGCAUCCUUCCCGAUCUUGGAAAAGUCUGUCUCACCGAGUUCAGAAAGACUUGCUCCCAACAUAAUAAGCGGGAUAGGUAUGAACGCCAGGACCUUUUUAAGACUGGGGGAGGAGGGUUGAAUGUUCACGUGUAUCCCCCACUUCCUUCCUAUUGCAGUGUUCUGUGAACCGUGUGGAUAUGGCGCCCUCCAGGUUAAUCUGUUCAUCCCAGCUGAUGGAGGAGCCAUUGCUCUCCAUUGCCUCAGCAAAGGGGCCUGUUUGCCGCUUAACUCCCCCCUAAAAUCAAUGGGUGUAUGGAUGCUUCCUUCUUAUUGGAUCGUAUCCCUAGAUUAUUGUGCUUUGAAAAAACUUAUUUCUUGUUCUUCAGUACCAAAUACUCUAACAGAACAACUGUUGCUGUGUUUCUGUUUAAAUAGAAGCCGGAAAACUGGUUUGUGUGGGCAACUUUUUCUCCCCCCCCCCACCCGCCCAGCCCCUCCAAGGGUGUGGUUAAUGCCUCUCCUCCCAAGGAGCCUUUGCGGAAUCCGUAUUAACAAAGGUUUUGAUAGGUGUUGGGGAGCCUAUGCUUGCGAGUGUGUCUUUUUCAAGAACGUGCCCGGAUUUUGUUCUGUUUUCCAGUAUUGCAACCAAUAUCACGUUUGAGAUUCGUGUUCCCCCCCUUUUCUUGAAGACAAUGUUUAUAUCACAGUAUCUUAAAAUAAUUAUUUGAAAUAAAUCUCGUGUAUACUCACACACUAUUUGCUUUUAAACCGGAGAGUAUAAUUUGCACUUAUGUAUAACGUUUGUCGGUUUGUUUCAGAAUUAUUGUGAUGUACAAAGUUGUUGGGGUGGAGUGUUC